ACGGGCGCUUCCAAAACAUUCGCCCGCGUCCGUUAAUAAAAACAAAGCGGGGCUCCUAGAAGUCGUAAAGGCGGCGGCGAAUCGCCGUCGGCGCGAGACAGAGGGAACAAAAGAUCUGCGAGUCGCAGGAGGCGGGGCGAAAACAGAGGGAUCGACUGGGCGGGGGACCAGCUGAGCGGACUGGUGCGCUGAUCAUGGUCUCUUCCAUACAGGUAUGCUGCAAUGGCACUGACCAGAGCCCUGCUUGUCUUUGGCCCUGUUGCUGUUCCUGGCCUCACAAGCUCCAAAGUGACAUCUCCUUUCAUUACCAGGUCUUUCUCCCUUCUCCCCCAAAAUGGAAAAGUCCACAGCUGGGUUUCCUCAGGGCCAUGUGUCUUUUGAAGAUGUAGCUGUGUAUUUCACGGAGAGCCAGUGGACUCUGUUGGAUCCUCUUCAGAAGGCUCUUUACCGGGACGUCAUGCAGGAAAACUUUGAAAACAUGUCCUCCUUGGGAUUUCUGUCAGUCAAGCCAGACUUGAUCUCCCAGCUGGAACAAGAGGAAGACCUGUGGAUUCCAGGUCAGCCAGCUUUGGAGCAAAGGGAAGUUGUAUCGGAGUUUAGCGCAGAGUUUCCCGAUGCAGUGAUAAAACUGGAAAUGGAAGAGGAGCCACGGGCCUUGCGUCACCAGGAAUCUGAGCCCAAUGAGAUCGUCUCAGAAAGCAGUUCAGAAUCUCGCCUUCCUAACCUGACCACAAUCUCACAGGUGGAAAAGGUGGAAGAGCCAAAGAUGCCAGAUCAACUGGGUGUGGAGGAAGGAAAUAUCCUGUCAGACUACAGCACAGGAUUGCCUGAUGUUAUCAUAAAGGAAGAGGAGCCCUGGAUCCAGGGACCCGAGGAAAAUGCAGACCUUGUUGAUGACCAAUCAGGGUUCCCUGCUGUAAUAAUAAAACUGGAACCAAAAGAAGAGCCAUGGCUUUCCGAUCUCCAGAUGCCUGUGGAAAAAAUGACUGUCUCAAGUAUCCCUUUGGGCAAUGGAUGCAUAAAAGAGGAAGAUGACCUCCAAUCAGAAAACAUAAACCAAGUGACUGUAAAUGAGACAUUGUUAGGAACUGCCUCCCAGUAUACAAAGCAGGUCUCUGGAAUUGAAGGCAAAGUAGAUAGUCUCCAAGGGAACAUGCCAGGGAUGAGAGAGGGAAAGGUUUUAUUUUGUGCAGGAGGUGACUUCAGGGAAACCAAAGCCCUAAAGAAUAUUCAUAAGCCUGGUAGAAUGCUUCUUAAAGGAGAGGAAUCUUAUAAACACUUGGACAGUGAGAAGAAAUCCAGCUGGAGAUAUUACCUGUUCUCCCAUGGGAGAAGCCACACAGGAGAGAAACCGAAUACAUGUUCAGUCUGUGGGAAAAAAUUCCUUCGGAGGUCACACCUUAUUAGACACAAAAUAAACCAUACAGGAGAGAAACCAUAUAUAUGCUCGGUCUGUGGGAAAAGCUUCAAUCAGAGAUCGCAUCUCAUUAGCCAUGAAAGGAUCCAUACGGGAGAAAAACCAUAUCCAUGUUCUGUCUGUGGAAAAAACUUGAGCCGAAAAGCACUCCUUAUUAGACAUGAGAGAAUUCAUACAGGGGAGAAACCAUAUAAAUGCUCUUUGUGCGGUAAAAGCUUCUGUCAGAGCUCUGGCCUAAUAGCACACAAGAUCACCCACACAGGAGAAAAACCAUAUGCUUGCUCAGUCUGCAAGAAAAGUUUUAGCCGCAAAGCAAGCCUUAUCAGACACGAGCGAAUUCAUAUGGGAGAGAAACCGUAUACAUGCCCAGUGUGUGGCAAAAGCUUCAGCCAGUGUUCUGGUCUCCUCCAGCACGAAAGAAUUCACACCGGAGAGACCCUAUAUAAAUGUUCCAUCUGUGGCAAAAGCUUCAGUCGUAAAGACUGCCUUCUGGGACACGAGGGAAUCCACACCGGAGAGAAACCCUAUUCGUGCUCAGUCUGUGGGAAAAGCUUCAACUGGAAAAGUUACCUGACAGUCCAUGAAAGAAGCCAUACUGAAGGAAAAUCAUACAUAUGCUCAGUCUGUGGGAAAAGUUUCAGCCAAAGAUCAAAUCUUAUUAGCCACGAAAAAACCCAUACUCAAGAAAAAACCUAUACAUGCUCCAUCUGUGGGAAAAACUUCAUUCACAAAGUAAGCCUUAUUAGACAUGAGCGAGUCCACACUGGGGAGACUCCAUAUAAAUGCUCAGUCUGUGGGAAAGGUUGCAGUGGGAGAACAAACCUUAUUUCGCAUGAAAGAACUCACACAGAAGAAAGACCUUACCCAUGCUCAUUUUGUGGUAAAAGCUUCAAACAAAGAUCAAACCUUACCAGUCACGAAAGAAUCCAUACAGGAGAGAUGCCCUUUACAUGCUCAGUCUGUGGUAAAAGUUUCAGUUGCAAAGCAAACCUUCUUGGACACAUGAGAACCCACACAGGAGAGAAACCAUAUCCGUGCUCAGUUUGUGGGAAAAGCUUUGGUAAUAAAUCACAGGUGGUUAUACAUGAGAGAAUUCAUACAGGUGAAAAACCAUAUACUUGUUCAGCCUGUGGGAAAAGAUUCAAACACAGAACAAGUUAUAUUGAACACCAAAAAAUCCACACGCAAGAAAAACCAUAUAUGUGCACAGUCUGUGGUAGAAAUUUCAGUCGUAAGGAGCACCUAAUUAUCCACGGAAGGAUUCACACGGGGGAGAAGCCGUAUUCAUGUUCCGUCUGUGAGAAAAGCUUCAAGCAGAAGUCAAGCCUGACUUCCCAUGAAAGAAGCCACACAGGAGAGAAGCCACACGCUUGCUCAGCCUGUGGCAAAAGUUUCAAUAGAAAAUCAAACCUCAUUCACCAUGAGAGGAUUCAUACUGGAGAGAAACCACAUGCAUGCUCAGUCUGUGGUAAAAGUUUCCGGAGUAAAGCCUACCUGAAGAGACAUGAAAAAAUCCAUGCAAGAUAGAUCCACGCUUGAGAAAAUCUAUUCAUAAACUCUGUCUACAGUAAAAAAUUCAGUGGGUAAAAAGAAGCUGAUUGUAUCAUUGAGGAGAGAUAUUACAGACAUAAACAGUGUGGCAUAAGAGCUUAUGGAAUAUUAAGAGAAGCUUGAAUAAAUCUACUUCAGACUGGUUUUGGAAAAACACUGGUGAACUCAGUUGUGAGUGGAGAAAAAAAAACCCCAUGUUUUCGAUCAGAGUUCAUAUUACCUCAUUUAUAUUCCAGAGACAAAACACGUAUGUACAUUGUGACAAAAGCUUCUUUUGCAGGUUUCACUCUACUGAAACAAGACAAAAAAAAUUUACCAGAUAAAGUAAGUUGUCAAUGACACACAAAUCCUUACUAGAGAACUAAAAGAAACACACGCAAUCUUCUAACGGUUCCUGCCGUUCCCAGUGGUCUGUGUAGCAUACCUCCAAUGCAAUUUGCGAAUAAAUGUCAGUAUUGCCAAUAUCUGUGGGCCCAGCCCAGUUUCUAAUGGACAGUUUUCCUUUGCGAUUUCAAAUCCUAACUAUUUUUAUUAGUACUGAAUUCCAGAGGGUUGUCUGUCU